CGUUUCUUCGACGCGGCGCGGAACGGAGCGAAGCGGUGAGUCGCGCGUUUCGGCGAGGAAGAGGAUCCCGUCGGCGACGUAGGCGAGCGAACCGAGCGGUGCUGAUCGCCGAUGCGACGCGCCCGCGUCCGGGUGAGGCAAAACGGCAGCUCCCGCCGAGGACGCCGAGACGCUCUCCGACGAUGUCGGCGACUCGGGAACGACGACGCUCACCGUUGAGUUAAUCCUAGAUUCCGCGUGGUUCGGAUCCUUUCAAGAUGCUCGCGAGUGGCCGCGAAGCUGAAUUUUGAGUGAGAAGGAAAGAAAGAGAAAGAGAAAGAAAUUCGAAGGUGACGAGCGGUGGUCGCCUCUCGUCACGUGAUUCUUUCGCGUACGUCACACGUCGCGUGCGAUUUAAAUCCCCGUCGUCUCCGAAAACCAGGAAGGAUGGGCAAGACGAGAGGCGUCCACGAGACGACUCCAGAGCUGAGGAAUCGGAUGGUGGGAAUGUACGAAGCCGGUCUAGGCCUACGGGAAAUCGCCGCCGCAGUCAAUUGCUCACAACGUACGGUGAAGAGAUGGCUGAACAGAUUUGAUAAGGAGGGUACAGUCGAAACUCGGGAGCGUUGCGGGCGCAAAAGAGCCACUACUGUGGAGCAGGAUGAGGCGAUUGUUCGUCUGGCUAGUCAGACGCCUAUAACAGCGGCGAAGGCGGUGCUUCCUGCACUGGGUCUUACCUGCUCAGUGGAUACUGUGAGAGAGAGGUUGCACAAGGCUGGAAUUCAUAACUGGAGCCCUUCGCGCAAAUACAUGCAAAGGAUUCCAUUGGGUGAUGCGGAUGGCGCGGCGAUUCAACAGGCGGUAUGGCGUCCGACUGGUACCCAGUUGGGCAAGAAGAAAACUUCCAAGGAUUCAAGUAAAUCCGAGAAGAGUAAUGUCAUGGUUAAAAAGAAGAAUCCAUCGAAGAAGGCAAGAUCUCGAGAGGUGUACACUAACGACGGCGCACCGUCGGAAAGUUUGAAGCAGAAUCAGAACUCUGAUCAGCAACAGCAGCAGCAGCAGCAACAGCAAGAAUUUGUGUUUUCUCAGCAAAAUCUUCCUCCACUAUCUUCCGGUCCUCAAGUAACUGAAAUCCAACCCUCUACGCAGCCUAUAUCCACGACUCAGACGGAGUUUGGUAACGCAUUGAGCCUGGUGCAUCAACCGCAGCCUAUCUAUCAGCAUCCGGGAUUGAACAUGGUGCAAAAUUGGCCGUUAGAUUUAGUGCAAGGCAGUCAUCAUUAUCCACAGGGGCAACCAAAUCCUCUGCCUCACGAGCACCCACCACCGCAAUCGCAACUGCAAGAGUUGCACACACAGCAGGAACAGCAACAGCAUCACACGCAACAGGCCCAGCAGCAUGUGCAGGCACAAGUACAGACACGACUACAGGAUCAGUCACAUCAGCAGAAUACUCAAUCUCAUCAUCAUAAUCUCGACCAGCAGCGACUGUCGGUGGAACAUCAGAUUCAGCAUCAGCGUCUACAGUCCGGUAUACCUAGUCCCGAGCAGACGUGUAUAAUCAUAGGAUCGGAUAGUUCGAAUACCUGUAGUUCUAACGAGAAUAGCCAGUCGUCCUGCGAACACCAGAAUACGGAGCCGUUGCGGAAAGGCAGCGAGAAAUCGGAACGACAAAGGAAAAAGAAGAAAGGUGGCAAAGCGAAAGGAACGUUAGAAACUAGCGUGGAGAUCAGAAAUCGCAUGAUCGGAAUGUCCGAGGCCGGAUUGUCCACUCUCUCCAUCGCUUUGGCGAUCGAUAGAUCGGAACGUACUGUUAAAAGAUGGUUAGAAAGAUGGCAUAAGGAAGGCAAUGUGCAAACGAAGGAACGAAAGGGUCGACGUCGAAUCACUACCAAGGAACAAGACGAACAGAUCGUCGCGAUGGCUACUCAGCAUCCUCUCACUGCUGCUAAAUACGUAGCACCUGCACUAGGUCUUAAGUGCAGUGUAGAUACAAUUAGAGAGAGGCUGCAUAAAGCUGGGAUACAUAGCUGGAAGUUGGGCAAAAAACAAGGGGAAGGCAAUGCAGUUCACACAGUUCAUUUAUGGCAACCGAGUGGCAAUCGCCCUAACAAACCAAAAAUGCCUGGCGAAAAGAAGAAGAAAAGUAACGAUAAAAAGCGUAAUCAGACAGCAAACAACAAUCAAAAACGUAUCGCACGGAAGAAGAAGAGCAACGAACCGCCACCGCCAAAAACGACUCCGCCUCCGGCAAAUAUAAUACCGGAACAGUCUGCAUUAUCGUUUCAUAAUCCUGGAAACAUGGCAAGUUAUGUUUCAGGCCCUACUAUAAUGCAGCCGGUGCAUAAUAUUACCGCGCCACCUCCAGCACUGCCGCAGCCGCAGCCACCUUUACCACCACCGGCACCGCAACCGAUGCAACCGAUGGGCCCAAUAAUGCAACAGCGACCGGAUUGCAGAUUGGCACCGAUAAUCCCGCCCGUGUCGGGCCCGGGCAAUUCUGGCGUUACUUAUCCAUCAUGUAUGGUCGGCGGCAGUAGUCACGCGAGUCACAUGGAGCAAACAGAUCCACUAAAUUACGAACCAUAUAUUUGGAGUUUUUAAAUACAUUGGAACGACUAGCUGAACCGCAUAGUAAAACUGAAAAUGAAAAAAUUUUAAAGUCACUUCGAUUAAUUCAAUCAUAAUUAAAUUAAUCGUCGAAAGUUAACCGGGGUUGGUCGAAGUGGCCCUAAUUGCAUUUGGACAAAUUUGGCUAUUCGUCAGAACUCCUCAAAAUUUAUAUUUACAUGAAAAGGGCUCCACAACGUUUGAGAAUUCGAACAGAGUUCGUGUCAAUACGAUUAAGAUAAGUAUUUUAAUAUUGUGUACGAUUUAAAUUAUAUACAUAAAUUGCAAUAUUAGAAGGUACUUCUGUAUAUGUGCAUUUGUAAAAGAAGAAAGCUCUUACUGAUUUUUAUUGUUAUAUGUAAGAAAAGUUAUUGACUUUAUCAUUAUUAACUUUAAUGAGAGACUUUUAUAGUAACAUAUAGCGUUUAGACCAAUUUAAAUCAACUACUGAAGAGACUACAGUAUGUACAUAUAGAAUCGUAUAAAGUAGAGCAAAGACGUAUAUCACGUUUAUUUUGCUAUAUGUCGUCUCUUCAAAUAAUGUGCAGUCAUAAUUAGAAGUCAUAUAUUAAAAAUUGAUUUUUAUACAAUGCGAUCAAACAUUAUUAAAUUAAGAUUAAUUAGCAUUUAUGUUGUAAAUAUUUUUAACAGCUGACAAAAAAGAUCUAAAUAACAAAUGAAUUUCAACACAAAUAUCUGAUAAUUCGGUAUAUAAACUACUUUAAUAGUUAUAUAGAAUAGAGAAUCCAAGCUUCUUAAUGAAUCCAGUGAUAGAUCUAUUUUCGAUAUAACUCCUAUUCCUUUUUUGUGAAAAUUUUAUAUAUAUAUUCAUAGAUGAUUUUAGAUAGCAUAUAUUCUAUACAUUUAAUUAACAUACAUGAAUCUGCUUUAAAAACUACAGUACAAAUUGGUAUGUUCCAAUUAGAAAAGUGCAAAUGAGUUUCAGAAACAGGCUGCCAAAAUACAUCCAGAGUAUAAACUGCCUUUUCUAUAUAAUAUUUAUAUACAAACAUAAGUUAUAAUAAUUAUUUUAUCAUAAAAGUUUGAAAAAAAUCAAUGUUUUUAAAUGCAGCAUUCGAUUAAAGAUUUGGUAUUACACAAAAUUUUGUUCCAAAAAUUGUUUUAAACAAAGCAGUAUUCAUAUAGUUCGUCCGCAUACAAUUGCCGGUGGUACAAAUGCAAAGUAGUGCACUAGUUACAUGAAAAGUGUGAGAUAUUAUAGAUAAAUUUUCGUCUGAUGUUCAAAAUUUUCAUUCAUGCAUUAAUAUUAAAUAGUAGAGAGUAUUACGUACUCAUAUCGUUACAAGUGAGAAUGUGUCCCAUUGUAUUUUACAAUACGUAACAUUAUAUCAACUAUAUAAUGUUACGUAUUGUAUAUAUCACAUUAAUAGAAAUAUUUUCAACUACAUCCAUCUCGUUUUGUAUUUGUUUUAUAAAGGAAAAUAAAAAUAAUUACUCAUUCUCCAUUGUUGUAGGCUGGGCUCUUCUUUGAGAAUAACAAUGUAUCUUUUUAUACAUAAAAGAGACACUAGUCGAUUGCAU